CCAAAAGACAAUCCCUCAACAUUCUUCUGAUUCUCCACCACCCGAAAUAUCUCUCUGUCGCCGGAAACACCCGAAACACUGACCAUUGUGAUCGAGAAAUGGCGGAUCCCGAACUGAGCAGCCUCUGGGAUGUUGUGAUAAUGCAGACCAAGGAGGCUCAAGAAAAGGGUAGUGAUCCUCUUCUUUGGUCGAUUGAAGUCUCGUCGAAUUUGGCCUCUGCCGGGGUGUCCCUGCCAUCUAUAGAGCUCGCCGACGUUUUGGUUUCGCAUAUUUGUUGGGAAAACAACGUGCCGAUUAUGUGGAAGUUUCUUGAGAAGGCCUUGGUUUUCAACAUGGUGCCCUCCAUGCUUGUUCUUGCUUUGCUUUCUUCCAGGGUUAUUCCGAAUCGACGUGUCCAGCCAAUAGCAUAUAGGCUUUACAUGGAGCUCCUCAAGAGACAUGCUUUUUCACUGAAAUCUCAAAUUAAAGGGCCUAGUUAUCAACAGGUUAUGAUAUCAAUAGAUACUAUUCUUAAUUUGUCCCAGACAUUUGGGUUGCAAACAACCGAAGCUGGGACUACUGUGGUUGCGUUCAUCUUCUCAACCGUGUGGCAGUUGCUCGAUUCAUCGUUAGACGAUGAGGGGUUACUGGAACUUGCUCCGGAAAAGAAGUCCAUAUGGCCAACUAAACCCCAAGACAUGGACAUAGACGGUCUCGAAAAUCAUCAUGAGGAGCGGAAUGAACAAUAUGAGAGAUUGCAGAGUCGUAACACUGUGAUGGCCAUUGAGUUAAUCGCGGAGUUUCUGCAAAAUCUAUUGACUUCCAAGAUUCUUAACUUGGCGAAACGAAACAUGCUUCAACACUGGGAAGCUUUUGUUAAGCGAUUGCAAGUGCUUGCCGAAAAAUCAUCGGCGUUGAAAAAUACCAAACUUACUAGUCCUGAGGAACUUCUGAAGUUGGCUUCAAACAUUUGCAUGAGCUCGCAAAAAUCCAAAUUGCGCUCGGUGCAUAAGUGCCAUUCGAUUAUGGAUUCUUCGGAUGGAAUAUGCCAUGGAACCGGUCGCUCAACCAUAUGGCUUCCCCUUGAUCUGGUGCUAGAAGAUGCCCUGAAUGCUACACAGAUCAAUGCCACAAGUUCCAUUGAGGUUAUCACCGGUUUGAUGAAGGUCCUUCAAGCCAUCAACUGUGCAACUUGGCAUGACACCUUCUUAGGCCUAUGGAUUGCAGCACUUCGUCUAGUCCAAAGGGAAAGGGAGCCUCUUGAGUCCCCUUUUCCUCACUUAGAGUCCCGCUUAUGCAUGUUGCUCUCUAUCACCACUCUUGUGGUUGCUGGCCUUAUCGAAGAAGAUGAAAGCGCGAAAGUGGACACGACAGAAUACAGCUUUGCCAAUCACUCGAGACGACAAAAGGUGACAGGGAAGUCGCGCGAUGAUUUAGUUUCCAGCUUACAAAUGCUGGGAAAUUUCAUAGGACUGCUGGCUCCCCCUCGUUCAGUUGUUUCUGCAGCAAACAGGGCUGCUGCGAAAGCAAUGUUCUUCAUCUCAGGGACGAGGGUUGAAAGUGCACACUUGGAUUGCAUCAGCACGAACGACAGCUCAACGGAUUGCUCAGGAAACAUGCGACAUCUGAUAGUUGAGGCUUGCAUAGCAAGAAAUCUAAUAGACACGUCGGCAUAUUUCUGGCCGGGCUAUGUGAAAGGAGGCAUCAAUGGAAUGCCUUCUAAUAUACCUGCUGAUAAAGUUCCUGGGUGGUCCUCAUUGAUGCAGGGGGCAGAACUUACUCCAUUGUUGACAAAGGAAUUGAUUUCAAUUCCUGCACCAAGUGACACCAUCAAUUUUAAUAUGAUCACUCAUGUUAAUGUUGAUCUUCAGAUUAUAAGUUCAAAUCUCGUGUACAACACUCAUGGUUUUGGUGGAAGUUUAACAGAACUGGAGAAAAUAUAUGAGAUAGCCAUCAACGGAUCAGAUUCUGAGAAAAUAUCAGCAGUUACCGUUCUUUGUGGGGCCUCCCUGAAUCAGGGUUGGAAUAUACAAGAACACACUGCCCAUUUUAUUAUCAGGCUGUUGUCUCCUCCAUGUCCUGCAAAUUAUUCCGGCAGCGGCAGCGGCAGCCAUCUGAUCGGUUAUGCUCCGUUUCUGAAUGCCCUUGUUGUGGGGAUAUCGUCCAUCGACUGCAUCAAGAUUUUCUCACUCCUUGGCAUGGUUCCACAACUAGCAUGCUCAGUGAUGGCGAUCUGUGAGACUUUCGGGUCAUGUGUACCUAAUGAAACUUGGAGUAGCACACCAGGGACAGAAACCUCUGCUCAUGCUGUAUUUUCUAAUGGAUUCACUCUUAUUUUGAAACUGUGGAGGUUUAAUCAUUGCUUUUCCGACCAACUAGGAUACGUUCCAACUGUUCAAUCCAACCUUACUCCCGAAUACUUUCUGUUAGUACGAAACUCCCACCUAGUAUCCUCUGAAAAGGUCCGCCAGGAUCCUGAGAAAAGGAGACUUGCAGCAGUUUCAAGCUCAUCAUCUGCACAGCCCAUCUUCAUUGAUUCAUUCCCGAAAUUAAAAGCCUGGUACAUGCAGCAUAAUGCUUGCAUAGCUUCCACCCCCCCUGGACUCACCCAUGGAAACCCCAUUCAUCGCCAUGUUGAUGAGCUUUUAAACAUGAUGUUCAAAGACAAAGAACAAGGAAGAGAUUCUAAUGCUUCUGUUAGUGGUAGUCCGUCUAAAGAAGCAGACGAAGAUACUUAUUUAAGAAACUCUGCAGCUUGGGAUAUUCUUGCAGCUGUUCCGUUUGUAGCCGAUGCUGCUUUAACAGCUUGUAACCAUGGGAGACUCACUCCCCGAAAACUGGCAACGGGGCUUAAAGUCUUGGUUGAUUUUCUUCCUGCAUCUUUGGGAACCAUUGUGAGCUACUUAUCAGCUGAAAUACGAAGGGGUGUUUGGAAACCAGCUUAUAUGAACGGAACAGAUUGGCCCUGUCCUGAUGCAAAUCUGCCAAAUAUUGUGGAGAAGAUCAAAAUAAUUGUAGCUGCCACUUCUGUUGACGUCCCAAGCACUGCUCAUUCAGAAGGAAACUGUCAAGCUACAUUACCGUUGCCCCUGGCUGCCUUAGUAAGCCUUACUAUAACGUAUAAAACUGACAGAGAUUCAAAACGAUACCUCGAUUUAUGCACCGUGGCCAUGGCCUCCAUUGCAGCUGGUUGCCCCUGGCCCUGCAUGCCGAUUGUUUUUUCACUCUGGACCCAGAAAGCAAAGCGUUGGGGCAACCACUUUGUCUUCUCUGCAUCUCGUGCUGUCUUCCUCCAACACCCCAAUGCUCUGAUCCAGGUUCUUAAGAGCUGCUUCACUGCGACACUUGGCCUGCAGUCCUCUCCUCUCUCAUACAAUGGAGGUAUUGGAGCUCUUCUUGCCCAUGGAAUUGGAUCUCACAUCCAUGGAAGGGUUUCUCCUGUUGCCCCUGGGAUCCUCUAUCUACAUGUUUAUCCAUAUUUAUCGGACAUUGUCUUCUUGAAUAAAGAGAUUGUUUCCCUCAUGAUGUAUUCCGUGAGUGAGAUAACAGGAGGACAGGUUCCUACCGAGAGAUGCAAGAGACUGAAGGCAGCAAAGAAUGCAAUGAUAAAAGGACAAUAUCACAUGGCUUCAAACCUCACUCGGGGUAAACUUAUGGCUUCACUUGCGGCUUCUUUAGUAUGGUUAUCAGGAGGCUUAGAUCUGGUUCAGUCAUUGUUUAAAGAAUUUCUGCCUUCAUGGUUUGUAUCUAUCCACAGUUUCAGACAAGAUGGAGAAUCAAACGGAGAUGCAUGGUUAAGGGGUUAUGUGCUUGCUUACUUUGCAUCGCUGUGUGGAGGCUUUGUAUGGGGUAUUGACUCAUCAUCCUGGGGAUCCAAGCGGCGUCCAAAGAUUCUUGGAACCCACAUGGAAUUUCUUGCAAGUGCACUAGAUGGUCAGAUAUCUCUUGGCUGUGACCAGAUCACCUGGCGCGCGUAUGUCUUGGGAUUCAUGAGCCUCAUGGUGGUUUGCAUGCCGACUUGGAUGCUGGACGUUGACGUAGAUGCCUUGAAGAGAAUCAGUAAGCGGCUGAGACAGUGGAAUGAGGAGGAGCUUGCUCUAGAUUUGCUGGGGAUUGGCGGUGUUGAUUUCAUGGGUGCAGCUGCAGAAAUGAUAAUUGAAAGCGAGCCGUAA